AUGUCCUACAUGGUCUCGGAAUAUAUCAUCAGGCCUGCCCUACAACAAGUCCGCCGAUUUUCUCGCUCCAGCGUCAGAAGCGAGACCGACAGACCAGAUUCUCCUUGUCGAUCCAAAGACUGCCUCCCUAUCAAUCGCGACGAUGCAAUCUCCGAGACUGGAGAGGGUUCCUUUCCCAAGGACAGGGACGAGAAUACAUCCCCGCCCACCGCAUCCCCAAGUUCGCUAAUACCUCAUCUGGGCUGUGAGGAUGUCGAGCCAGAACUACAACGGGAUCGAUCCAUCUUUUCCCACAAUCCACCAACGACGGUAGCACCAAAUGCAAUCUCCACGACAUCCGAAAGCGGCGUCGCGAGCGCAGCUGGAGGCCAAACUGUCACCAGAGAACGAGAUACAUCAGAUGUGUCAAUGACCUCGGCCCCCGCCGCCGAAAGUGAUCGCACAGACGCUCAAGCGUCGAGCGCGAGAGAUGCUGCUCCUCCGGUUGCUGAGCGGCCAGACCCUCUGCCAGAAGACGAUGGAAUGGGUGCUCUAAGGAAGCGGAUUCUAGAAGUUCAGGCUAUGCAGUUACCCCCUACCGACCAAGCUCGCUUGAUGCAUUUGAUAUUGAUGGAGAACUAUAACAAAAAGUCGCGCGCCGUACCCGAGGAAGACCGACCUAUUUCGCCCUCCAGCUCAGUCGGAUGGGAGCAGAAACCAACGCAGGGUGUGCUUGACUCAUUCAUUUGGAACCAUUUACUUGGCGAGGAAGCACCUGCUGAGAAGUUCCGUCUCACAGAAGACGACAUAAGACCGACUUUUGCUCCUCUGAAACCUGGAGAGGAGGAGUCCGAGUACCGUGCCUUGGGUUGCGAGCAUUACAAGAGAAAUGUCAAAUCGGAAUGCUCCAUCUGUGGGCGCUGGUACACUUGCAGAUUCUGUCACGACAAGAUCGAAAGCCACGCCAUGAUUGCAAAAGACACUAGAAAUAUGCUUUGUAUGUAUUGUGGCGUUGCGCAGAAGGCGGGUGAAGCUUGCGUGAGCUGUGGGGAGACCGCUGCCAUGUAUUACUGCUUGAUCUGCAAGUUGUGGAAUAACGACCCAGACAGGAGCAUCUACCAUUGCCCUGAUUGUGGCAUUUGUCGGGUGGGAAGAGGGCUUGGAAAGGACUUUUUCCACUGCAAGACAUGCAAUGCCUGCCUCAACAUCAACUUUGAAAAUAGGCACAAGUGUAUCGAACGCCUUCUGGACUGUGACUGUCCUAUAUGCGGCGAAUACAUGUUCAAUACGACCCGCGGCAUAUGUCACAUGAAGUGUGGACACACGUUGCAUAAGGAUUGCUGGGAUGAGCACAUCAAACACGCCUACAAAUGCCCGAUAUGCAGCAAGAGCAUAGUCAACAUGGAAACACAGUUCAGGAGACUCGACAUUGCAAUUGAGACACAACCGAUGCCGGAAAAGUUUCAAGACACCCGUGCUAUUGUCUCGUGCAACGACUGCUCUGCAAAGACUACAGUCAAGUAUCACUGGCUUGGUUUGAAGUGUGCUGUCUGUCAGUCCUACAAUACUUCACAACUACAAAUACUAGGCGAAGACGAUUCGCGCGGGACCGCUUCUGCUGCGGUACCCGAUGUGCAGGCGACUGAACCACUACUAGUCAGCAGCAGUACAGAGCUGCUACAGUCCUCGACAGCUUCUGUUGCUCGAGAUAUUCCCCGGAGAAGGCGGCAUUCUUCCAAUCUCAUGCAGUUAAGCACAGACAAUCUGAAUCUCAGGCCCCCAGAGAUCGGAUCUUACACUGUGCAAGAGAGGUUUGCCAGAUCAGUUUCCCCAACAGCGAUCAAUCAUCCUGGCGGCGAUAUGGAUGAUUCAGACGAGGAGGAUAAAGAAGACAUGAUUGGCCUAUGGAGACGGGUCCCGCGGAGCAUUACAUCCAACGACGACGACCAAGAUGAGGAGGAAUACGACUCGGACGAUGAUUCCGUCUCUUCUACGGCAGACGAUAUGGAUGAAGACGACGCCGAGGAUGAGGAGGACGAGAUCAAUCUUUUCGGCCAUCGAUAG